CCUCUCCCACGGUCUUCUCUCCCACGGUUGCUUCCAUCUCCAAGUCCCACCGAGGAGUUUCCAAAAAAGAAAAGUCCCACCGAGGAAGUGGGGUUGGAGACGACCAGCGCCACCGGAGGCGCCGCGCGGCGCGCCCUCGGACUCCUCGCCGGUGAGUGAGCAGUCUCUGCCACCGCUGCCCCCUCGUCGUCAUUGUCCUUGCCCCGUAUCAUUGGUGGAUUCGAUCUGGACCUCAAGCCCAGAUCCGGGCUAACCCUUCGCUCCUCGGACAAAAUGGAUCUUGCACCUCAGGGUUUGAUAACACAGCAACAAAAGGCAAAUGGUCGAAGGCCAGUUGGAAGCUCACAAAUUUGGACACGGUAUGGUGUUCUGCUUCCAAGCCAGCAGACUCGAAAGCUAAAAGAAUGGGUUCUGACUGAUGAGCAGCAACAGCUUGUUAAUGCUAGUGGUCUUGGACAUCUGGCACUUACCACCGGGUUUACCAUUGAUCGUGCUUUGCUUACAUCAUUUUGUGAAAGAUGGAACAAUGAAACAAAUACUGCACAUUUCAUGGGAUUUGAGAUGGCGCCAUCACUUCGUGAUGUUUCAUACAUUCUCGGCAUUCCAGUUACUGGUCAUGUGGUGACCGCAGAGCCAAUUGGUGAUGAAGCUGUGAAGCGGAUGUGCUUGCAUUAUUUAGGAGAGAGCCCUGGAAAUGGAGAGCAAUUGUGUGGCUUAAUUCGGUUGACUUGGUUGUAUAGGAAUUUCCAUCGACUGCCAGAAAAUCCGACCAUCAAUGACAUUGCAUAUAGCACCCGAGCUUACCUUCUAUACCUGGUUGGUUCCACCUUGUUUCCUGACACCAUGAGGGGAUUUGUAUCACCAAGAUAUCUACCACUGUUGGCAGAUUUUAGGAAGAUCCGUGAGUAUGCUUGGGGGGCUGCAGCUCUUGCUCAUUUGUACAGGGGAUUGUCUGUUGCAGUAACACCUAAUGCCACAACGCAGUUUCUUGGCAGUGCAACUUUGCUCAUGGCCUGGAUUUAUGAGUACCUUCCUAUUACUCAACCACAACAGAAGAACCAGAGCACUUUGCUGCCCCGGGCUUGUCGGUGGAACUUUGGAGGAGCAACACGUGGACAGAGGAAAAAAGUCAUGGAGUGGAGAAAAGUUUUUGAACAACUUCAAUUUUCUGAGGUCAAUUGGAACCCUUACAAGGACAUGAAUCCAGCAAUUGUUCCGGAAUAUUGCAUUGCAGCAGAUAACAUCUGCUUCUCUCGGACUUGGCUAAUCAGCUUUAACAUAAAGGAGGUGUAUGUGCCUGACAGGUUUGCUAGGCAGUUUGGAAGGGAACAAGGACGCCUCCAUGCCGUGCCAAUGUGGGCAAGAAGAACUUGGAGUAAGUGGAAAGACUGGAGGGCUGAGUAUGCUCGUGAGAUUGAGGAGUUUCAUCAAUUGGUUGGCUGCCGUUUCACCCCUCCUGUGGAAACCAAUAUCAACUCCCUUCCACUACAUGAGUCUAGUGCUGGACAGAAUGAUGCAGGAUGCAAUCUGAAUGACUCUCAUAAUUUUUCUAUGAUGGUUGAAGAUUUGAAAACUGAUCUCCCAGUAAUUGGUCGAUAUCUUGAUGGAAACUUGCUUCCUUCAGAGGUUGCAAGCUUCCUAGAGAGGGUGGGCACGAUGAUUAAGAGCUACUCCCCACCACAGAGCAGCCGAAGGAAAGAUCGAGUAGCUCAUGGCCACACUGGCCCAAUCAAGUCAAAGAACCCAAGGAAAAGAGGGAAACCUUCACUCUUUCAAGGUCCUAUAAGUCCUCAUCAGUACCCAGGCACCCUGGUACCUUAUCAGGCUAGCAAGUGUAGCAUGGUGUUUGGUGGCACCGUUCCUCUACUAAAUGGGGAUGAAGCACUCAAGGAACAAGAGGCCAUGGAUCCCUGGCAGAUCACCCAGUCUCAUUUGACAAUGACCACAUCUUCUUCAUCUCUAGACUCAAGCUCACCAGAAUCAAUGAAGCGAAGCCGGGAAGGUGGGGAUGAAAUUCAAAUCCCAAGGGACACUGAUUGCCUCCGAAGAAGUGGAAGGCUCUGUGUGCAACUGAAAAUGUUCAAGCACAGAGAUGGAGCGGGUGCCGAGGCAGCUAAUCCGGUUUUCCUCUGAUGAAGACAAACGUUUCUCGGUCUUCUUACUGUACAAAGUAGCUAAGAAACUUGGAUCGUUUGCUGCACUGCUGACAGUUAGCUGGCCACCAGGAUAUUGCUGUCUGUGCAAUUUGCGAGGAUUUUCCUGUGUUUAUAUAUCGCAUCCUGUAUGACCAAUGGCAGACGCCACAGACUUAGGCCUUGUUUAGUUUGAGAAAAAUUUUGGAUUUCGCUACUGUAGCA